CCUCAGCCGUCCCAUCGCCCACUGUCCACGCCCACUGUCCUCGUCGCAAGCCGUGCCGACGACAUAGACAAGGUCGACAGAGGAUCAAGCACCUCCCGACGACGCCCGACCCACACAUUUGGCCAAGGAGUGCGAGAGAUUAUUUCCAGCUCACAGCUGCCAGGCACAUUUACACCUCGUUGCGCAAAACCUCCUCGCGCAUUCGACUUUCCUCCCCUCCUUCCACUCCCCCUAUUCUUUUUCCCAUUCCGUACGUGCCAGUUUGUUUCCUCGCUCUCUUCUCUCCGAUAGCCACCUUUGGCAUCUCCCUCCGCAGCUAUGACCUGCUUCUCUAGAGGCAGGCGCCUCUUUACUGCCGCAGCUGCCGCUUUGUCGGCGUUAGCACUCGUCGCUGCUGCGCCGUACAACGCAACAUAUGAUGCGUGGAAUCUCAACAAGAAUCAAGCCGCGACCGACCCGACGCAAUACACAACCACGCGAGCAAACACGACCUACACCCCCUCACCGUCAAACUGGCGUUCUCUACCGUUUUACACAAUCCUGCUUGACAAAUUCGCAGAUGGUGACCCGACAAACAAUAACUUCUUUGGGCUCAAGUAUGAGCAUGACUGGCACGAGACGCAGAUGCGGUUUGGCGGGGACAUAAAAGGGUUAAAGAACAAGCUUGACUACCUCCAGGGCAUGAAUAUUCGAGGCGUCUACAUAGCCGGUACAAUAUUUUUGAACAUGCCGUGGCAAGCUGACUCCUAUUCGCCUCUUGACUUUACCACGCUCGAUCCUCACUGGGGUACUAUUGACGACUGGGUCGAAUUUAUUGACGAGAUUCAUGCACGGAACAUGUAUAUUAUGAUGGACUUCACCGUCGGUACGAUGGGUGAUAUGAUUGGUUUUCAAGGGCAUCUAAAUGAGUCUACUCCUUUUUCGCUGGACGAGUAUGACGCGGUCUGGAAGAAGCCUUCUUACACACCAUGGGAUUUUGAGACCUAUAAGGACUUCUCUUUUGGCAAUGGACACAAUAGCUCUUGCGUCAUGCCUCAGUUCUGGUGGGAAAAUGGAACCCAGCUGACAAUUACGACGAACGGGUGCAAAGCAAGUGACUUUGACCAGUAUGGUGACCUGGAAGCUUUCGGUGUCCAUCCAGAUUGGCAGCGUCAGCUGACUAAGUUCGCGAGUGUGCAAGAUCGUCUGCGUGAAUGGCAGCCGGCUGUCAUGGCCCGGUUGCAGAAUUUCGUUUGCAUGGUUAUUACUGCACUCGACAUCGAUGCGAUCCGUAUCGACAAGUCAACGCAGGUGACUCUUGAUGCACUUGCGAGCUGGACGACUGCGGCUCGCAAAUGUGCUGCUAGUCAUGGGAAGAACGAUUUCCUUAUUGUCGGUGAAGUCACUGGUGGUAACACAUUCGGUGCCCUCUACUACGGACGUGGUCGCACUCCUAAUAAUUUGCCGAACCCGGAUCUGCCGACGAUUUACAACAUCUCUGCAACAGAUGAUCAAUUUUUCCUGCGCGACUAUGGCCAUAACGGACUCGACGGUGCUUGUUUCCACUAUUCCAUCUAUCGUGGACUUGAACGUUUCCUUGGGAUGGAUGGAAACCUUCAAGUUGCUGACGACGUUCAAGUCAACUUCGUUGAUGCUUGGAACCAGAUCUUCGUUACCAACGACUUCUUGAAUCCAUCUACAAACGUCACUGAUCCGCGACACAUGUUCGGAACAAGCAACUUUGAUAUCUUCCGUUGGCCGAGUUUGGUGAAUGGUACCCAGAAGAGUGCACUUGCGACGUUCAUCACAUCGCUUCUUAUGCCUGGUAUUCCCUUAUUGUACUAUGGCGAGGAGCAGGCGUUCGCAAUCUAUGACAACGGUGCGAGCAAUUAUCUUUAUGGCCGUCAAGCUAUGCCAGGUAACAAGGCAUGGCAACGUCAUGGCUGUUACAAGCUCGGUUCCGACCAGUUCUAUGGUUUCCCGCUUCAAAAAGCAAUUACCGCGUGCAUGGACGAUACAGAAGCGCUUGAUCAUUUUGAUCCAACGGCGGAGUCUCGCAGGCUUUUCAAGCAAUUCUACUAUCUGCGCGAGCAAUAUGCAGCACUCACAGAUGGGCUGGCUCUCGUCCAGCGUGGUAACUGGACUCAUUUGGAGACCAUGCCGGGCUCGAACCAGACAGCGACUGAGCUCGGUUUAUGGACCGCAUCGCGCGCUGGUAUUCCGAAUGCACAGACACUCACUGGAUCCAAUUACACAGCAGACGUCUGGAUGCUUUACACGAACGAAAAUAUGACGCAGACGUAUACGUUUGACUGCAAAGGCAGCUCUUGGAUAAGCACUCCUUACGAGUCCGGCACGACUAUCAAGAACUUGGUUUAUCCAUUUGAGACGUACCAGCUUGUUGAGAGUCAGUCACCGUUCUUCAACGAUGGAAAGGCGCCUUUCGUGGGUUGCUUGCAAUCUAUCUCGAUGGAUCCAUUCUCUUUCAAAAUCUUCGUGCCGGAGGCGAACUGGGUUUCCGUGCCACCCAUGCUUACGAAGUUCUCACCGGGACAUGAUGCUCGUCUCUUAACAGUUGACGGUGAUAAUAACUCGACAAACAUCGAUAUCCGUCUUGAGUUCAAUGUCGCGAUGGCCUCCUGUGAUGCUGUGACAAACGCGUUAUCUUUCAACGUGUCGAGUUCUGGAACAGGUUCGACUCCAUCGGUGACGAACGUCCAGUGCGGGAAUUUACCAAACCCAGAUCCACCAACCAUCAUCGGAUCAGGCACAAGUUCUUGGUCGUGGAAUGCAACGCUUACGAACGUUCCAGACGGAAUUAUUAUGCUUACACUUGACAACCCAGCGUCAAGCAGUGGAAUUACGACGGGUGCAAAGGAUCAUUUACUGUUGCGCAAAGGCAAAGCAGACAAUGUCAUGGUGUUCCCGGACAGCGACUACGAUAAUAGUGCAUUUACAUUUGAUAGCAGCAGCAAGACGUAUACUUUCACGCAUAAGGCAAUUGGCGCAGAUAAGUUCAGGUAUUCGGUGGACUUUGCACAAACCUGGUCCCAGUGGAUGGACUGGGAAGCUACAACGACAAUUGACAACGGUACCUUCUUUGGGGACAAAAACAGGAAUUGGUGGGAGGGCCAGCACGUCAUUGUGCAGUACUGGUCAGAAACUGCCGCGAGUGCUUAUCAUGCGGUGCAUGCAGACCAUGAUUACGGCUUCAAGCGUCGUGUUCCUCAAUUCCUCGCUCGUGGUCCAUUCAACACGUGGGGUUUCGACUCCGGUGUUAGAUCACAGAUGGAGCAGACAGGCGACAAUACUUGGGAGCUUGAGAUCAUGACGAGCUGGCCUGCAUUUGUCCAGCUGAACGUGUAUGGCUUUGAUGACUACUUCUACGGAGACACGGACGGCGAUGGGAUCUUAGACCGCCUCCCGCCGAAUUCCGUUGCCGCGAACUACGUGAACAUGAGUGCGCCCCCCAAGCCACAUCUUGCAUGGAAACUGGUCGUAGAUGACCACUUAAUGUCAUGGACGCUUGAACCAAAGGGCGAGAGCUCCGUUGCGGCGAUUUUGUAUGCGCUUUUGCUGUCGAUUCCAGUCAUUACUGGUACACUCGCAGUUCUCAUCUUCAUGUGGAGCUUCUACGGGAUCAAGUACAAUAAGUGGGGUCUCAAGGAGAACAAGCCAUCGCACUCGAACUACUUUCCUAUCCUUGGUUCACUUGGCAACAAAUCGACGCAUGACCUCAAGGAUGGCGCAAAUGAGAAGCAUGGACACACAGGUCUUGCUUACACUGGUGAAAUGAUCGGCUGGCCUGAGGAUAAGAAUAAACGGCGUUGCGUCCUCAUUGCUACACUAGAGUACGAAAUAAUCGACUGGAAACUUAAGGUCAAAAUCGGUGGUCUCGGUGUCAUGUCCAGUCUUAUGGGCAAAGCUAUGACAGAUGUUGAUCUUAUUUGGGUCAUCCCUAAGGUGAAGGACCUCGAGUACCCUCCUGGAGAACCCGCAGAGCCAAUCGAGGUUAUCAUCUUCGGCGAACCGUACCUUAUCGAAGUCGAGACUCACGUUCUGGACAACAUCACAUACGUUAUUCUCGAUAGUCCGGUCUUCCGCGCACAGACAAAGGCCGACCCGUACCCGGCACGUAUGGACGACUUGAGCUCUGCGAUUUUCUAUUCGACAUGGAAUCAGGCGAUAGCUGCGACUGUGCGUCGCUUCCCACAGAUUGACAUCUAUCACAUCAACGACUACCAUGGUGCACUUGUUCCGAUCUAUUUACUGCCGAAGGUUCUCCCUGUGUGUUUGUCGCUUCACAAUGCCGAGUUCCAGGGUUUGUGGCCACUCCGGACUAAAGAGGAAAUGAAGGAAGUCUGCUCAGCGUUUAACAUAAGCAAGGAGCAUUGCACCAAAUAUGUGCAAUUCGGAAACACGUUCAACUUGUUGCACGCUGCGGCCUCAUUCAUCAGCGUGCACCAGAAGUCCAUCGGUGUCGCCGGUGUAUCGGACAAAUAUGGUAAACGUAGUUGGGCACGGUAUCCUGCUCUGUGGACGCUGAAGCAUGUUGACUCGCUUCCUAACCCGGAUCCGACGGACAUUGCGGCUCUCGAUGAGAAUCCGGUUGCAUUGAAGGAGAUUCGCAUUGAUGACGAGGCGGAAGCGAAGCGACCCGAAUAUAAGCGACAAGCGCAAGAAUGGGCUGGCAUUAAGCAGGAUCCCAAGGCUGAUCUCUUCGUAUUCGUCGGUCGGUGGUCAAAGCAGAAAGGUGUGGACCUUAUUGCAGAUGUCAUGCCAUCUCUCUUGGAGAAGCGUUCUUCCAUCCAGCUUAUCUGUGUCGGUCCUGUUAUUGAUCUUUACGGUCGGUUCGCCGCCGAGAAAUUGGCUCGUCUAAUGGAGAUAUAUCCGGAUCGCGUCUACUCGAAACCAGAGUUUACUGCCCUUCCUCCAUACCUGUUCAGCGGUGCAGAUUUCGCGCUUAUCCCGUCUCGUGAUGAGCCGUUUGGUCUCGUUGCUGUCGAGUUUGGUCGUAAGGGUGCUCUCGGUGUGGGUUCGCGUCUUGGUGGUCUUGGUCUUAUGCCGGGAUGGUGGUUCCCUGUCGAGUCGACGUCAACAGCACACAUGCUUUCGCAGUUGUCAAAGACAAUCAAAAUGGCGCUCAAAUCCACGGAGGAAGAGCGUGCGCUUCUACGUGCUCGCUCUGCUGUCCAGCGGUUCCCUGUUGUCGAAUGGCGACAGCGUAUGGAAGACUUCCAUAAGCGCAGCAUUGGCACAAGCCGGCAAGUAGCUGGCCACAAUGCUUGGAGGCAAUCGGAUGGCGAGCUAGUACACGCCCCUCAGGUUGCUCACUUGGACCACGAUGAUUGGGAUCCUGUCUAUCAAGCCGAGCCAACUCAGCCGCAAUGGGACACACGAAGCAUGAUGGAGAACUCCAGGAUGUCGAAUGUGCCACCGUCACCUGGAAUACCGAAUUCACCUGGUCAAUGGAGUCAGUCAACGCUUGCCCCACCGCGCAUCGAUGAGCAUGGGCGACGACCUUCGACGGGUUCUGACGAUGGUGAGGAUUACUUCUCGACAGCUCGAUCGCGCGCUCCUAGCACUAUUGGCACACCUUCAGAAGGCGGCGGCUUUGAUAGCUUCUUGGCAAAGGCAAACAAGACAAUUGCGAAGGAACAGAAGCAUGCACCAGAUCCUUUCUUGGAUGAUGCGGCACCAAAGAAGCCGUUUGGCCCACAUUCUCGAAACUCAUCACGGGACUCGAUCGCAUCUAUAGUGGACGAGAAAGCGAACUCUCCGUUGAACAAGGCUAUUGCUUCGUUUACUGAUGCGGAUGGCGAGGUUGCUCAGGAGUUCAUCCAGAAGCUUCAGAACCUGUCCUCGGAAAACUCGAAGAGUGAACUGUCAAUCGAACGCUACCUGCAGAAGAGCGAGGAGGCUUUCUUCGAUAAAGUGCGGAAGGAGAAGCUGUCGACGGCAGCGAGUAUCCGGUCGUCGACGCGCGAUUCUGUUUGGGGAACGCCUUCAGAGUACGAGCCGUCGCGCCCUCACUCUCCGAGCACGUAUUCUUUUGCACCGAGCUCCCACUACAACGGAGGAUUCAACACGGAAGAAUACAGUGGUCCUUUACCGAAUGAGAAGGGCGAGGUUGUCAUGACUCGGCUACAGAUUGCUUUGUCGCACACUAUUGGAGGCUGGCCGCUCUACACUAUCAUUAUCGCAGCGGGCCAGAUGUUAGGAGCGACGAGUUUCCAGAUCACUCUUUUGUCUGGUCAGAACUUCCAAACAGAUCUGCAACUGUACGUCCUCGGUGGAAUCUUUCUGGCCUCUUCAGCUGUGUGGUAUACGGCUUUCCGGCUCAAGCCAUCUGUGUAUGUGCUAUCGGCACCGUGGAUCUUCUUCGGCAUUGCCUUCUUCAUCAUCGCGUUACCUGCUGUGUCUUCGGUAUUUGACAAGGUGCAUUACGCGUUACAAAGUGCUGCGACAUGGUCAUAUGCAGUCGCUUCAUCCGCAGCGUUCUUGUUCUUUGGUCUGAAUUUCGGUGAGGAGGCUGGUGCAGCGACGGAAGUCUGGACAUUGCGUGCGUGCGUCGUACAAGGUUCACAGCAGAUUUGGGUUGCAGCGCUCUGGUACUGGGGACAUCAGCUCAAUGGUUCAACGGCUACCGCACCACCGUGGUGGAUCGUUCUCGUUCUUUGGCCAUUGGCCAUCAUGAGCUUCGUCUUUGCAUAUCUCUUGUUGUACGGUCUUCCGGACUACUACCGCCAGGUCCCGCCAAAGGUGCCGAACUUCUUGAAGACCCUCUUCCGUCGUAAGCUUGUGUUAUGGUUCCUUGCAUCCGAGAUUCUGCGUGACUACUGGUUGAGCGGUCCUUACGGCCGUAACUGGUCGUUCCUUUGGUCUGUGCCGAUCCCGAAGUGGGCAACGCUCCUGCUUAUCAUUACCUUCUUCGUCGUUGUGUGGGGCAUCCUUAUGGUGAUCCUCACAUACUUCAGUAAGACACAUACAUGGUUGUUGCCUGUGUUUGCUGUCGGUUUGGGUGCACCGCGUUGGGCGCAGAUGUUAUGGGGUACUUCGUCGAUUGCAUACUACUUGCCCUGGGCGGGUAAAUCGGGACCGUACCUUGGUGUAUCGCUCUGGCUCUGGCUAGGUGUACUAGAUGCAGUCCAAGGUGUUGGUCUGGGUAUGAUCCUCCUUCAGACUCUCUCUCGGUUACAUGUUUGCGCAACGCUGGCAUUUGCCCAGAUCAUCGGAUCUAUUUGUGUGAUGGUCGCGCGGGCCUCGGCUCCCAACAGGAUUGGUCCUGGUAAUGUCUUCCCCGAUGUUGGUACAUGGGAUAUGGACGAUGGAGUUAGAGAUAGUCCAAUUGGCAAGCCAGCGUUCUGGAUCGCGCUCAUCUGCCAGCUUGUCAUCGUAAUCGGCUACUUCUGGUUCUACCGCAAGGAGCAACUUUCACGACCGUAAUGUCUUCUGCUUCACCAACAAUGGACUCCUAUUGGAUACAUAUGCUUUCGUUGUUCCUUCGGUUCCCGUAUUCUCUGGGCUAAAUUUUCACUUUCUUUAUACGUAUGUGGGCAUAUUGUGGCCUGUUAAGUUCUCCCUUACAGGACCUUACCAAUGGACAUUCGUUGCGCGGGACUCAACAGCCAACUCAUACACAUUAGUAGACUAUCCAUAUAUCUACACUCGCACACUACUACUAUUACUACUAUUACUACAACACUAACUAGCAUUCUACAUAUAGUCCAACUCACUUUUUUUUUCUCGUUUCUGUAAUCAUCGAACUGUAGACACGGCACUCUCUUUCCUUUUUUUUCGUUUGGUUUUCACUUUGUCUGUCGCUUUGUGAUUGGUAUCAACGGACGCUCCUUUCUCACUCCUUCAGACCAUACUCGAUAUAUAAAACGGCUUCCGUGGACAAGAUGAAGUAGGAUUACAAAAAAAAAUCUGAU